AUGGCGAAUGGCUUCAGUGGGCAGGGCGGACCCUACGACGACUUUUCGUGUCCCAUCCCGCAGCGCCCAUCUGUCCCGUUACUUCCCUGCCGCCCUGACAAAGAGCCGAUGAGGCCAGCGGCCAGUCCUCCGGAUCAUCCAAAGCUUGUUAGUCGAGCAGGAUUUCGUCCUCUUCCAGCCCAGGGCAAGACGUGCCGGGAUGCGACAGCCAGGGCUACACUGCGCCACGCCGAAGCUAGAGCCUCGGAAUGUCACCGGCUCCAUGACCCGGGACUGCCAUGCCGGCCGCUGUCCUCCAUCAGGGCAGUGAAUACCGUUCUGGACGCUCAGAUCAUUCGGACUCACUGGCAGUCUGCCAGGCUCACUGCUUCUUCAGAGGCUGAAGCCGACUUCCAUAGCACGCGACUCAGAGCCCCGGCCCGCGCAAGGUCCGACAAUAUCAGGACACGAGGCUUUGCUCCUAAAUAG